AUGGCCGCCGACAUGGAGUCGUCGCUGGAGACCAGCCUGUCGGCCAGCGGCACCGCCACGGGCACGCUGCCGCCCGCCCGCUCCCGCAUCUUCAAGAUCAUCGUGAUCGGCGACUCCAACGUGGGCAAGACGUGCCUGACCUUCCGUUUCUGCGCCGGCCGCUUCCCCGACCGCACCGAGGCCACGAUCGGGGUGGACUUCCGAGAGCGGGCGGUGGACAUCGACGGGGAGCGCAUCAAGAUCCAGCUGUGGGACACGGCGGGCCAGGAGCGCUUCCGGAAGAGCAUGGUGCAGCACUACUACCGCAACGCGCACGCCGUGGUCUUCGUGUACGACAUGACCAACAUGGCGAGCUUCCACAGCUUGCCGGCGUGGAUCGAAGAAUGCAGACAGCACCUGCUGGCCGGCGACACACCCCGCAUUCUCGUCGGCAACAAGUGUGACUUGAGAAGCGCCGUCCAGGUGCCCACGGACGUGGCACAGAAAUUCGCCGACACACACAGUAUGCCUUUAUUUGAAACCUCUGCCAAAAACCCCAACGACAACGACCACGUGGAAGCUAUUUUUAUGACCCUGGCCCAUAAGCUCAAGAGCCACAAACCGUUGAUGCUCAGCCAACCCCCCAGUGACGGAGUUGUCCUGAAGCCGGGACCCAAGCCUGCCGUGCCGUGCUGGUGCUAAAUAAACCUGUUACUGUCCCAUCCCCUUGGGCUGGAGGAAAACCUUC